CGUUCCUAGCCCGAAGCCUAUAUGUAGUUCCAUGUAGUUCUUUGGCUUACGUAAGACAGAGAUCCGACAAAUAACUUGGAGCUAAACCUUUAACCGGCAUUUUGUACAAUAAUAACAACUUAUGUAUUUUUCUCCGGUUAUCAAAUGUCAAGUCCGGGUUUUCUCAAAGACGAGUCCGGAUUUUUUUCGAGUCCGGGUUUUUCUCGAGUCCGGAUUUUUUUCGAGUCCGAGUCCGGUCCGGGUUUCGAAGUAUGCCCAUAUGGCUCCUGUUAAAAAACUUCCCAUAUGCUGCUUGCUACGUACGUGACGGCGGUGACGCAUAAUGAGCCAAAAGAAAAGCAAUCAUUUUCGUGAAUGAAUUGAACUAUUACUUUUUGUGUUUAAAACCGCAGAUUUCCUACAAACUCAGCCGCGGUGACAAUGCAAGAUAACUGGCAACACUGGCUUUGAGAGCUCUUAAUUAAUCAGAUUUGCGAUUGCUUUUAAAGCACGACAGUGCCAGAGGGAAAGUAUACAAAGAAGGUAUCCUUGAUCGAUAUAAACCAGAUAUCAAAAUGUGCAAGGGUAAGGUGAUUGCGGCAUUUGUUUCCAAACAUUUCCUCCCUAUUGGAACACUAUUUAUCAUCCCUCUUGGAAUUCUUUUACCUGCUCCUGCAGUCUACCUUAAUGGAAAACUACCUGUAGUCCAGAUGUGUAUUGUAACAUUAUUUUUUGUUAUUGGAACGAAAUUUCGUUUAACAGAGAUUCAAUCUGCCCUACGUUGUUAUAGAGAGACUGCCUUGGGAAUAAUCGUUGUUCUAUUGCUCACCCCAGUUGUUGGAACGAAGUUACUGAUGUUACCAAAGUUUCGAGAGGUUCCCAGGUCAGGUUUGGAUGUAGAAAAGGGUACAUUGAACAGUAGCUGGACAAUUGAAUUACCAGAUUUUGGUCCGGAGGAAUUUCGUAUUGGUUUACAGAUAUUUUGCGUUUCUCCAUGUGCAUCAGCAUUUCCUACUGUGGUGGUGAGUGUAUUUUUAUUGAGAUACAGUAAAAUUCCGCAUAAAAGAACCUUUCUGUGGAUUAAGAAGCAUUAGUGUCGAGAACUCGCGGAGUUCACUCUUCUGCUGGUUCUGAAAACAAUCAAACACAAUUCAACCGUUCCUCCUUUUACAUAGUAGAUACAUAAUCCAUAAUUAACCAUUUUGGUACAGCAUUCCCCCACGGUGCUACAACACUGGAGUGAAGCGGUCACGACAUUCGUCACGACAUUCGUCACGACAUUCGUCACGACAUUCGUCACGACAUUUGUCACGACAUUCAUCACGAUAUUCGCAUCGACAUUUUUCACGAGAUUAAAAGAGAUCAGAAAUGUGGUGAGCUCGCUAUUUCCCAUCAUUUAAAAGAGUUGAACUUAAAAAUAGGUAAUUAGACUUAAAAAUAGGUAAUUAGCAUGUGGAAAAUUAUUUACAUUUUGAUCUUUGCAGCAAUAUUAAUACUACCGAACGUCUUGAGCAAUUUAGACAGUUGGGUAGUAAAGUUGUUUUCAAACCCCCAAUGCUGUAAGCCAUAGUAACUAAAUAAGUCAAUUAAUUUAAAUGUUCUUUCAGUCGCAUCAUUCAAACUAAAUCAUCAAUAAAUUCAAACAUCUACAGUUAAUAUAUACUACUCAUGCUGUUUCUACUAUGACAAUGGAAACAACAUAAAUGAGUUGAAUUUUUUGCAAUUUUAAAACGCUUUUAACAACAGCUAGUCACAACUUCGACUAACUAAGACUUGGCAUAUUGCCAUCACGACAUUCGUAACCCCCCGCCGUUCAGAAGGUUAUUGUUUAAUUUCAUAUUUUGAUCAUUAUACACCUUCGAGGGAAAUAGCGAGAUGAUGGGAAAUAGCGAACUCGCCACAUGUGGUCGUUAUCUGUUUAGUUAACUCUUUUAAUUUAAUCUCCUGAAAAAAUUUCGGUGCGAAUUUAAUGCCGUGAUGAAUGUCGUGAUAAAUGUCGUGCCAGCUUCACUUCAGUUGCCAUGGCCAUGCAACUCUACUUAUAUUGAACUCUACUUAUAUUGAGUAAGUAGAGUUCAAUAAUUUUACAGUCUAUUAUCUGCUUUAUGGUGGGUGACAGAUACGUCUGAUUAUGCUAACAAGUUUAAUGAGAGAUACUACAAGAAUGUGAGUUAUUUCCUAAACGUACUUGUGGCAUAGUACAAAACAUGGACUGCACUUGUAGACUCAUCGACGCAUGGACUCAUGCAUGCACUGUGGACUCAAUAUUCAAAUUUCGACUGAAAUUUCUAUAAACGCCGCGAAACUGUACUAAAAGAAUCUUUGCGUACAAAGCAGACCUGCCAAGUGUCACGCAUUUGGCGUGAAAGUCAUGUUUAAAUUUUGGUCCCGCAGCCCCACGCACGCUGUAAAAAUUGCCGUAAAAUCACACCGUGAUUUCCAGUAACUGUACCGUACUUAGUUUUUUUACUGUUACUAAAACAAAUCUGCAAUUUGAAGCAAACAUAUUUAACAAGACAAUAUGCGCAACGUUGCAAUUUGCAGUUACAUGACAGAAUGAACAGAGUGGAUGUAAAGUUGUGUGCUUCAAUUCCCGCGUGUAAAUUGCCCGCGUGUAAAUUGCCCGCGUGUAAAUUGCACCUUUUAUAAUAGUUUAGCGGCCAUUUUAGUUGUUUGCUUUCCAAUUUGCUCAAAAGACGCAUUCUCUAAAACGUUUUCAGGGCCUGGUCUUUGCCAAUUAAUAAUCACCAAUUGCAAAUAAACAACAACUGUUUUUCUUUUACUGAACUAAGCAUCCUUGUCUUAGCUAGCGAGCCUGAAUUAGAAAAAUAAUCAGAUUAUCUGAUGAUGACAUCAUCAUGAUUGAUGUACAUAUUGUUUCAUCAUCAUUGAUGUACACAGCCAGAAAUGCCACAGACUUUAGUGCUGCAAGUUGCGGAUUUUACCGACUUACUGCAAGUUGUCAACAAGUUGCAGCAUGCUUGUUGACGUCAUCAACUUGCAGCAGCCUGUUGAAAUCAGGCUUGCUGCAAGUUGACAUUUGCAGACUUGAUGCAAGUUGAUGAAACAAGUUGCAUCAAGUCUGCAAAUAUCAACUUGCAGCAAGCCUAAUAGAACAACUUGCAGCAAGUCUGAUGAACGCAUCAAUGCUGAUGCAAGUUGAGAAAAUCAGGCUUUCUGCAAGUUGUCAUUUGCAGACUUGAUGCAAGUUGUUUCAUCAACUUGCAUCAAUUCUGUGGAUAUCAAGUUUGGACAAGUCUGAUGGAAUAACUUGCAGCAAGUCUGAUGAACGCAUCAAUGUUGAUGCAAGUUGAGAAAAUCAGGGUUGCUGCAAGUUGUUAUCCGCAGGCUUGCUGCAAGUUGUUCAAACAAUUUGCGGCAAGCUUGUGGAUAACAAGUCUUGACAAGUCUGAUAAAACAACUUGCAGCAAGUCUAUUGAAAUCAGGCUUGUUGCAACUUGACAUUUGCAGACUGGCUGCAAGUUGAUAACAUUUUAUUUGACUUGUUCACAGACUUUGUUUAUUAUUUAGCUAUGAAAAUUCGGCCGUGAAAAGCAGUUUCCUCAUAGGCAGCCCACUAAACGACUGAAUUUAAAUUAAAACUGCAGUGAAAAUAUUAAAAUUGACGAAAAUAAUCACAAAUUAGCGACUGAAUAUAUUGCUAAGUGUAGCUUAUAUUAAAUCGCCACCCGACUGCACCAUCGACCAACUGACGUAUAGUUAUAUAGUAUACCUAAGCCUAAGGUUGGCAAGGUGUUUGAACUACACACAUGCAAGAUAUAUAUUUUAAAAAGCAGAAAGAAAAUAGCCCUAAAAACAAUAGUGCAGUCGGGUGGCGAUUUAAUAUAAGCUACACUUAGGAAUAUACAUUUCGCUAAUUUGUGAUUAUUUUCGUUAAUUUUAAUAUUUUCACUGCAGUUUUAAUUUAAAUUCAGUCGUUUAGUGGGCUGCCUAUGGCCGGAGCAAGCGAUGCGAACGCAUCCUGAUACUGAUCAGCUUGAUGAUCGCAAGUUGAACUGAUCAAGUCUGCAGCAGACCUGCUGCAACUUGCGCGUUUCUGGCUGUGUACAUAAGUUUCAUUCUGAGUAAGUGAUACAUAUUAACUUUACAUUCUGGGGGAAGCAUGCAAAAUUAUUGCAGAACUAUAUAUCCAAAACUGAAAAGCGGUUGUAAAAUAUUUUAGUUUAUUUUUUGUAAAAUAUUAAAUUUAAUAAAAAAUGUUCACAAGGCCAAGGGCCAUGCACAUAUAGAAGCUCAUUCAGUUGAUGCCGUCGUGCUGGCUCGAGUUGUUUAAUUAAAUUGUCUGUUAUUUCUUACUCGUGGAUCACAUUAUUGGAGAAAUUUUAUUUUCCAAUCAUGUCCAGUUUUAAGAUUUUCGGCAUUCAGUCGAAUUUUGCACCUGUCCAUGUUUUGUAUUAUGCCUGGAUUACAGCCUCGUACCCAGGCGCAAAUAACUAAAAUAGGCACUCCCAAGCGCGCGGGGGUGCUUGGGGAGGACUCGACGGGGUUCUCUAGCUUCGUUUCCCGCGUCCUCCCCAAGCACCUCCGCGCGCGCGCUCAUCCUAGCUACUGAUCUAUAUAAAAACACGGUAGUGUGCCUAUUUUGAGUUGUUUGCGCCUGGGUACGAGGCUGCCUGGAUUAACAAAGAUGAGAAUUGGUGAGUACACAAUAUAUAAUAGAGAGCUACGAGUACGACUUCAACUACGACUUCAACUACGAGUUUCGUUGUUUGUACAUGUUCGUCAUCUUAAUUCCGCCAUUACGUGCGCACGUGACGCCACAAUCUCGUAGUAGAUGCUUGUUUCACUUCCAAUCGAGACUUUUCAAAAAUCUCGUUGUCAAUUUGGUCACGGCUACGAGAUUUAUGAGGCGUCAGUACAUAAUGGCGUAAGAAUAUGGCGUAUCCAAAUAAACCAAUCGCGUAGUCGUAGUUGUAGCUGCUCUCUAAUAUGGUCACAACUUCUGGUGAAGAAAAACUGGAUUAUGAUAUCGAUCCCAUAACCGUAAUGGGUAAAGGCCAUUAACCAGUACCAGGUUUGCCAAGAUGAGCUUGCAAUGUGGAUUUGCACCAAUUGGGACCAAAACCACGUUUGGUACCAACAAAUUUAGGCGGAUAAUUAAGUCAGCCUCUCUCAAGUAGAUCCCCCCGCUAAUGUUAGAAUGCUUAAAUUAUGUCUCUCAUCCCUCCUGUUGCUGCCUUGAACAUGGCCUCAUGUUGUACAAAAAUAUCGAUUCAGGCUAGAUUCAGGCUCGAGCAAAAUUGUAUCUUAGUUAUCAUAAACCAUUUACUGUAUAUACAAACCGUAUUUCUAUGAUACAAAGUUACAAACACUGCGUUUCUUCCUUCACUACAGUGUUAUUCUGAAUGCUAUAGUGACAAGGAGGAGGCUAUGUUUAGAUGCACUGGCCACAUUUUCCUGGUCGAAAUACCGCUGUUGUGUUUUUCGAUUCAUAUAUUUAGCUCUGGAAGUUUGGAACAAUAUUCACUAUUGUCUAUUUAACAAUUAAUCGCCGAAGGCGAGGUGAUUAGAAGCCUAUAUUCACUGAGCCGAAGGCGAAGUGAAUAUAGGCUUGUAAUCACCGAGCCUGAGACGACUAAUUGUUUUAGUAUAAAUUUCCAGGUGUUUACAAACAAUAAUCCACACAACUUUAUAAAAAUUCACUUCAAAUAAAUUUAUUUUCGCUAUAAACAGUUUGUUUACAAAAUUUUAAUCUCAGACACGGCUCUGUGUCGCGUUGCGACUAAGCCAGUUUUUUUCCAAAUAAAAGCACGUAAAGGUUAAUAUUUUACCUUGAAAUAUUCUUAAACCAUAUUUUGUAGCUUGUUUGGGGUUUUUCGGAAUGCUAUCUUCUUUAAUUUUGGCAAUUUCCUCCUCUGUUACUACGGCAAAACGAGCAGCCAUUUUGAAAAAAAAGCUGUAGUCACUGACCAGUGACUAUCACUUCAGAGACAGUGGAUCUUGACCAAUCAGAAUGCAGAAAAAUCAAUAGUCACCUGGAAAUUUAUACUAAUGAUCAUUAGUAUUUCAAAAUUUGUUCAGCAAAAUAUGCUGAUUUUAUAUAUCGUAAGAAAACUAAUAAAUGAGUUCCAAAAAGAAGCCAUUCAAUGCAUGGGCCAGCCCUGUCAAGAAGGUUGAUUUUUCCAAAUAAAUGCAAACAAAGUGAAAACCGGUGCUGAUGGUAUAGGGAUAGCCUUUCCUGCAACCUACCCCAGCAUAAAAAGGUCCCUGUGGUAUUAAGUGAACGUGCUUGUCGAGUUUAAUGAUGUCCUAUUCUUUGCAGGUAACAGCAGCCAAUGGUAAUCGAGCAUUGACAUUAUUGGUUGCAAUAACGGCAACCACUAUAUCAGUCUUUACAGUUCCUGUUAUGACUUCAUGGCUGAUACCAGCAUUUCAGGCUGCUAGUGUUAGUUUCCUAACCAUAUUACCCAGCGUGAUUCUGUUUAUACUUUUGCCUUUGAUUGUAAGUAUCGCUAUUUUAAAUGUUUGCAUGCAUAUGUAUUCCGCGAAUCAUUUUACGUUUAUGUUAUUUAGGUGAAUUUGUCAUUAUUAUUCAUAAUUAGAUAUUUAUUAUAAUUAGAUAUUCAUAUAUUUUUUGUGCUAAAACGUUAUUUUACCAAUUACCGCCACUGAAAACCCCUCUGUUUUCGAAUUUUAAUAAAAUCAGUAAAUUAUUAUCGGUUUUCAUGGGAAAAAAACAUGUUUACAGAAAUAUAAAUCCGGCUAACUGUGUAAUGUAGGUCUUUGUUUAAAUGUGUUGUAAGCAAGCUUACUUAAACGUUACCAUGGACCUCGCCUACGGCUAGUCCAAAUUAAAACAAUUAUAUAUUUUGGCUGGACAAUGCAGGAUAAUCUCUUUUUAUGUGCCUGAAUCUAGAAUUACUCCACUUUUCCAUUCGGUUUUCAUCACAAUAUUGGUAUGAUUAUUUCUUCAGGUUGGACGACUUUUAAGAUUCAUUGGAUUGGUAAAAAAGGUUGUUACCAAACUAUAUACAUCUCUGAAGUUUGUUACUUCUGGGGCUCUCCUUGUUAUGUUUUGGGUGAAAAUUAGUCAAGCAACAUCGAAAGGAGACCUUCAAAAAUUUUCACCUUGGAUGGUUGUGGCUGUAACAGCUCUUGGUACAGCUGUGAUUACGUCAUUUCUUGUUUUAACCUUCAUACUUGCUUCUCUACUACGGCUACCUAAGAAAUCAAUCCUUGCUGUUACAGUGCUUUCAUCAGCAAGAAAUUCAAGUAUAGCUAUUGCUGUUAUUGAAAAUCUACCAGACAGUGUUGGGGACAAAGAUCUCAUGUUUUUCCCCAUAAUAUUUGUCUAUUUGGCUAUGGUUGUUAUUAUCAAUAGUUUUGGUUGUUUUAUGGCAAUCAAGAAAGAGGAAAAUGACAUUGAACAAGAUAUGGACACCCUUGAAGACAAAGUUGAUAGUGCAGACAAACUUACUUUGGUUGAAAAUCCGUCAGUGGAACAGAUAACUUCAUAUAACAUACCAAAUACAUUGAACUGUAUUACAUUAUCAACAGUACAGUGGUGUACUGCUGUAUAAAGACGAUCCUUAGAUUUUAUCCGUGUAUCACUAAUACUAGUAUGUGCAGGGGAAUACACGCUUCCGGAAAUCACGUCACCUUGGCUAUAGAACCUCGUUUUCAUGAUUGAGAUGGUAGGUCUCGUACGUCACACACGA